AUUCAAUUCUAAAAUUAAUUGCAACUUUUACAAAAAGCACCAGUACGGUAGCCGAUCCUGUCGCCUCUCUUGGUCACCAUGCCGACCCCGUCGCCCACGCGAGACGGGCGGAAAGCGCAGGCUGUCGCGUGGAAGCAGCAGUGCGAAGCCUCCAAGACGAAAAGUCCCACCGCCAAGACCGAGCCCCGGCGGCGUAGACGCAACAUGGAGGCGGUAUCGACGGAGCGCCCACCGACUAUGACAGCCACAUACACGAAGCAAUAUCUACAACGCCGACGCAGUCAAGCGGACACAGGUCACAAUGAACAGCAGCGUAGAUCCAGUGGAUGCGAGCGGAUGGAACGUAGACGCAGCAGCAUGGACUUAGGCGUCACUGAACCACUCAAUGGCAAAGAGCCAUUACUACAGCCACAGUCUGAUGAAAAACUAUUGGAAAAUGGCAACAAGGAAAAUGGCCACCAUCACUCUGUUGAUACGACAGUUGCAACUGUCCCGAUUGAAGACAUUGUGGAUUCAAAUGGGAAAGGGUUCGGAAUGGAGAAUGAUAGUCGUUUUGCAACGAUUGACCGAGACCAGAGCGUGAAAGUGACGAUGACGAAGAAGCGGAAGGCUCCUUGUGGCAGAUCAACGAUUGUGCUGGCAGUCGUGGCUGGAGUUGCGACUGUCACGGUAGCUGGUGGAGUUGCCGUUUGUCGAUUGUAUCCAUCGACUCCUGCUGCGAUUUCAGUUCGAGUUGCAGCUAGAAAAAUGGAGGAAAUUCUCAUUACGCUGUUAACUGAGCUUCAGCCCUAUUCGAAGCACUUGCAAGAAUUGAUACGGAUGAAAUCGCUUGCACUACUAAAGAGCGAAAGGCUGAAACACUCAGCGCGUGCUACGGAGACGCUAUGGUACGAAGGCUUACAAAGUGUUGCAGGACUGACAGCAGUUGCAACUGUGACCUUGGAGCUGAUGGAGGGUAUUCCACGUCAACUAAGACUCACAGUUUCGUUUCUGCUUGGUGCUUUGAAACUGUCAAAGGAGUGGAUUAAGUCACAGGUGCAAACAGCCUUCACGUUGAUAGGACUGGAACUGGGUGAUAGGGAACUGCUUGAUCGAGCUCGAUCUUUCUUAAUGGCAACUCUCUCGUCUCUUGCGGAAAGGAUGCGGUCUAGUCUGGACCAUUUCUUGCAGAUGAGUGGAUUAGAAUCCGAUGUGAAGGAUGUGAGUUUAUCCAGCGACGAAUUCCUGACACCGUUAGAUACAAACCAAGCGGCAAUCCAGAGUCUAGGAAGAGAACUGACAGAGCACGAGUCUCAAGCUCUACAGGACGUGAAGCGCUUCGAGGAACGACGACUCACAAUCGCAUCUGACACUAACGCGAUACUCGCUGAAACUCGGACUUUCGCUCUCGAAAGUGUAGUCAACGUAAAGAUGGCUGCUCUAGAAGCAAUUGAGCGUCGCUUGAAGCAACUUGAGGAGCAGUAUGCUCGAUCGUUUGAACAAGCGCUAAAGGAGUACGAGAAAACGUCACGACAGGUUGAAGAAGAGGGCGGAGCUGAAGCGCUGGCUGAGAUCGCAGUGGAAAACCAAGCGCUAGUCGAUGCAGCGGCUGCGCUCAAACGAACUCUGACUACAGUUGAAAACUCUACUGAACACCCUGUCCAUGAAGACCAUGAGUCCUCUAAGGGUGACGAACUUACCACUGAAGAUCAUUCUGAUAUUGAAAACCAAAUUCCUCAAAAGAUUGAGGUGCUUGAAGAGCCCACAGAGCUGGCAAAGCAGGACGUAUCUGACGAGGGAGCAGACAUCAAUCUUGGCAAGAAGGAGGAGGUUCAAAUUGUGGCUGAGCUCUUUAAAGAAGGCCUCAUGAUCGUUGACCUCGCAGAAGAACUAUCGGGGGAGCGCAGUUCCUCUGAGGCAGCAGAGAGUGAACAUUUGAUCGAUGAACACGCACCCAUACUUAGUGACCUGGCCGAGGAUGGCCAGGUGACUGCUGAUCUUUUGGUUCCAGUGGCGGAAAGGCCAAAUGUUGCGGAGUACGCGCCUGGAGGCAUUUAUAUAAGCGAGGAUGAAGUAGAAGUUGUUGCGAAGACCGCAGAGGAGAGUCUGGUGACUGCUGAGUUGGAGUCCACGGACAAUGUGGUGAAUAGCAAAGUGGAAGAAACUCUCGUCGCGGAAGUCGUGGUGGACAUAGACAACGUAGUGGUGGAGAUGGAGCGCACCCAAGUGGAAGUCACGGAGCUGUUGGAACCGCACAACCUGUCAGAGGUAAAUAAUGUGGAAAUCCUGCAGGAAGAUCGCAUCAAGGCACAUCUGAGUGUUCCUACGGGUGGAAUCGACUUGGAACUUGAUGUGGAGGUUGGUCAAGUUGCUGCUAUAAGCUCUGAGCAUGGAGUAGAACACUCUGUCGCUGAUGUGAGAACUCGGAUUGCCACUCAACCUGAAAUCGAGAAGGAAAAUGGCAAAGAGCAGGCGAAACGCACGGCCGAGUUAACGCAAGCAGCGAGUGCGGAUGUCACGGCGAUCGAAGUUCUAAGCGAGCAGACGAAUGCUGAGACCGUUGCCAAGGUGGACAAACAUGAUGCUGUUGCUGAGAAAGAGCCGCUGCAACGUGAUGUUGGUACAGUCGACGACGCUCAACAAGGCCAAAUGAAAGAUACUUCAAGUAUUCAACCCGAACAAGACGUUCAUGCAGCCAUCUCCAACGAGAUAGAGACGUUGGAAGCGGUAGUGGCGAAGGAGAUCAAAGAGUUGGAGCAGCUUGAACAGGUUUUGUUGCAGACAGAAGGCGAACGUGAUCGAGUUGAAGAAGAGUUGCGAGCGAUUGCGAAGGAGGAGGAGAUUUGGCUACAAAGUGAGCAAGCUGUCCCCCACCAGGACGUGGUGCCUGAUCACAGCACCCCAACAAUGGACACGAUAGCGUCUCCGGAAGUGGUCGCUGAUUUGCAGAGUGAAGCAACUCUAGCAUCAACGUCCGCUUUGGCGCAAAUCGCUUUGCUCUCGCUCAUGUUCCUGGUGUUGGCAGCGGUGACAGGUUAUUUAUUGGUUCAUUACCGGAAGCGUGGACUGCUUACCCAACCACGACAGCGAAAGAGAUGGCGGCGAUUUGGUGACCUGAACGAAUCGGACGCCGAAGAGGUCGUGUUGAUGUCAGACAGCUCGGACGAAGAAGAUGAGGAUCAAGUUGCAGCUAGGGAUUCUCAUGUGGAAGUUGUGGAAUUAACUGCGAGUGUUGAAGUGAAGGCGACUACUAUCGAAGCUUCUGAUGAGGAAGUUGGUGAUGAAGAGAACACCGCGGAGACUCACGCAAUUGUUGAAGAACACGAACUCGUCGAGGACGAGGCUGAGUCCAAGGUAUCUCGAACUGUUGUCGUUGAGCGUGUCACGACCACGAACCACACCACGGACCAUCCUGCCACUUCAAGUUCGGACGCAUCGGCUGACGAUAGCAGUGCCAGUACUGCGAACACUUCUGCGUCCACACCACCAGCGUCGAAGCAGAAAACACCCGACACCUCCCUGCGCCCACGUCGAAGCCGUCGCCAAUCUCGCAUGUAGGAAAACAAAGACUAGUAAAGCAGCACGUACAAAAGAAGUCAAGAACUGACAGGAAGCUCACGAAGCUCCGUCCUCUGAAAACUAUUGAGGUAAAGCAAGACUCCCUUCUCUACAUGUACAAAAACUACCACACACGGCCUAGUGGAUGGAGGAUCAUGCGCUGCUGGCAGCAUCGAUAUCCCUAUAGUCGCUGUGGCGCAGUUGCUGUGGCGAGUCGGCGCUGUCUGGCCGCUUGACCACCAGCUUGUAACCAGGGCGGAUCUCACCGCGAUAUCCCUUCGGGAAGUAGGCGCGGUUGUACUCGCGCAUUUCAUCGUACGUCAUGCCGUAGCGUUUGGCCAGAUCUUCGGGGGUGUCACCAGGCUCCACGACGUGGAUCUGCUUGGUGAGUUUCACUUCGGCGAUAUUGCGUCGACUGGCCGCUUGCUGCGCUGCCAAGAGGUCCGGCACAAUAACUCGUUCACCUGCUACGAGCUCCGCACGUUGGCCGACGGGGUAUCGGCCGCGGUUAAUCUGCAAGAAAUGCGAGUAUGGGAUGUUGUACGUCUUGCAAAUGGACUCGAAGGUGUCCGUGGGAGUGACCAGGUGCGUCUUGUAUCGCGCGAAAGCAGCCGACGUGCUCGCGUACGUGGCCUCCUGUUCGCUCAUGGCGUUUAAAGCUGAGGCUUUGGCAUCUGCGUCGCUGUUGGCCACGGGAUCGUCCUUCUCCAUCUCGCCUGUGUUCAUUAGACGCACAUGUAACAGUUGACCGGGACAUAGUAAGCUGCGCUCGCCCAUGGGGAAGUAGCGGCGGUUGUCUUGCCGCAGAAUCUCCUCCGUCGUAUUGUAGAGCGCCGCAAUGCCACGCAGCGUCUCGCCCGAGCGCACGAGAUGCAUUUGGCCCCAGCCAUUGUCGAUGCAUUCGGGUGGUGGUGGCAAAGAUACGGCGUGUGCUUCCUCCACGACAAGCUGCUGGCCUGGAUACAGCUUGACGUGCCGCUUCUUGCGGCCCAGCAGCGGAUUAAGCGCCAGCAGCGCCGCCUCCGUCGUCUGCGUCUUAAGUGCAAUACUGGCCAGCGUGUCGCCCUCGCGCACGUGGUAACGGAACGGCGACGGUGUAGGCGGAGGUGGGAGGUCGCGUGAGCUGCUGGCGCUCGUGCUGGAGCUCACGGUGCCGUACAUGGCGAUCCUUGGGUCUUUUGAUUGGCAAAAGCUCGAAUGUGGGAUUAUCUUUACCAACGCAAAUGUAAUGAAAUGAUUACAGCUGAUAUUAUCAGAAAUUUUGCUAAGCUCAGACACUUGCAAAUAAAUGUGACAAUCUUUCAAGACCA